CUGUGUUUUGCUGGGGUGGGGGGGGGAAGAGAGAGAGACAGAGAGAGGGGAGGUGCUGCAUGUUCUACAAUCCCGGCGGCAGUUCCCAGUUCAGCCUCACUCGAGCCGCUGGUCUGCCAGGAUCGUUUGUCAAAUGGCAGGAAAGGCACACAGACUGAGUGCUGAACAACGUGAGCAACUGCUUCCCAACCUCCGAGCAGUCGGCUGGAGUGAAGUCGAAGGAAGAGAUGCAAUUUAUAAAGAGUUUGUCUUUAAAAACUUUAACCAGGCUUUUGGUUUCAUGACGAGAGUGGCAUUACAAGCAGAGAAAAUGGAUCAUCACCCAGAGUGGUUUAACGUUUAUAAUAAGGUCCAUAUUACGCUGAGUACACAUGACUGUGGAGGGCUGUCUGAGCGUGAUAUUAAGCUGGCUACCUUUACUGAAGAAGCUGUGGUUUCUCAUUGAAAUCCAAAGACAGGCCCAUGGUUACUGGUACCAAAUUAACUGGUGUGUAAUCAGAGAUUUAUUCCAAAACAGAGCUUGUGCGUUCUUAAAACAUUUCAAAGGCUGGCAGUACGUUUGAAACUUACUGCAUAUUAAACUAGAAUGAUUAUAUUUAAAUUGAGUUGAACAGAGCUGGUUUACAUGUUUCCAUAUGAAUGUACAUACUGUGUGCAAAAAUGUGCCUUGCAAAUAAAAUGCAAAUCAAUAUAA